AUACAAUCUUCCAACUUUUACCAAUAGUUUGUAGUUGAGUUGAUUUAUACCCCGCCAGAAAAAAAACAAACGUUUGCUUUUUACAGUCAAACCUCUCUAAAACAUGGAUUCAGAUUUAUACGAUGAAUUCGGUAAUUACAUUGGACCCGAUUUGGACAGUGACGAUGAUGAUGAUCAAAGUAUUUAUGGACAAACCGAUAUACAAGAUGACGUUGAUGAUGACGCUAUGGAAGAAGAUGAACCAGAAAACGAUGAAGAUAAAGAAAUUACUGCCGUAGUUUUGCAUGAAGACAAACGUUAUUAUCCAACUGCUGUUGAAGUUUAUGGUCCUGAUGUGGAGACGAUUGUUCAGGAAGAAGAUGCCCAACCAUUGGAUAAGCCACUUAUUGAACCGGUUAAAAAGUUAAAGUUUCAAUUGAAAGAACAAGAACUACCUGAUACAACUUAUGAAAUGGAAUUCAUGGCUGAUUUGAUGGAUACACCACCAUUGAUAAGAAAUGUUGCUCUUAUUGGUCAUUUGCACCAUGGCAAGACUACAUUUGUUGAUUGUCUAAUCAGAGAGACUCAUCCUCAAUUUGAUACAACUGAGGAAAGAACACUUCGUUAUACAGAUACUCUGUUUACUGAACAAGAAAGAGGAGUUAGCAUUAAAGCUACUCCUAUUACUCUUGUUUUGCCAGACGUUAAGCAUAAAAGUUUCUUAAUGAAUAUAUUUGAUACUCCUGGACAUGUUAACUUUUCGGACGAAGCAACAGCUGCAAUGCGAAUGUGUGAUGGUGUUGUAGUGUUUGUUGAUGCCGCUGAAGGAGUUAUGCUCAAUACUGAGAGGUUGUUGAAACAUGCAGUCCAAGAGAAAAUGGGCAUCACAAUUUGCAUAAAUAAGAUUGAUCGUCUUAUUUUGGAGUUAAAGCUUCCUCCUCAGGAUGCUUAUUUUAAGCUUAAGCACAUUGUUGAAGAAGUCAAUAGUUUGUUGAGCGUUUAUUGCGAUGGAGACGAGGCAAUAGUGGUUUCACCCACCCUUGGCAAUGUGUGUUUUGCAAGUUCACUCUAUGGUUUCUGUUUUACUCUAAAAUCAUUUGCAAAACUAUACGCCGACACUUAUGAAGGAGUCAACUACAUUGAGUUUGCCAAACGACUUUGGGGUGAUAUGUAUUUCCACACUAAAUCCCGUAAAUUCACCAAAAAACCACCACACAGUUCGGCACAGCGUAGUUUUGUUGAAUUUAUUCUCGAACCAAUGUACAAACUUAUUGCUCAAGUUGUGGGAGAUGUUGAUACCACACUCUUAGAUACCUUGGCUGAGUUAAAUGUUCGUGUUACCAAAGAAGAGAUGAAAACAAAUAUAAGACCUUUAUUGCGAUUAGUUUGCAAUAGGUUUAUGAGUGACUUCAGUGGAUUUGUCGAUAUGUGUGUGGAACAUAUUAAGUCUCCAUUGGACAAUGCAAAGAAGAAAGUCGAUCAUAUUUAUACAGGCCCUAAAGAAGGAGACAUUUACAAGGAUAUGAUAAAUUGCAAUCAAAAUGGAACACUUAUGGUUCACAGCUCGAAAAUGUAUCCAACCGAUGAUUGUACAUUCUUUCAAGUUCUUGCACGAGUUGUGAGUGGAACACUCCAUGCAGGCCAAGAAGUUCGUGUUCUUGGUGAAAAUUAUACUCUUCAAGAUGAAGAAGACUCGAGAAUUCUAGAAGUUGGACGUUUAUGGGUCUAUGAAGCUCGUUAUAAAGUCGAACUUAAUCGAGUUCCGGCCGGCAAUUGGGUUCUAAUAGAAGGUAUUGAUCAAUGUAUUGUCAAAACCUCCACCAUAGCAGAUAUAAGUGCUGUCGAGGAUCUUUAUAUCUUCCGACCUCUUAAAUUCAAUACCCAGAGUAUAAUUAAAAUUGCUGUCGAGCCAGUAAAUCCUUCUGAGUUGCCAAAAAUGUUGGAUGGUUUAAGAAAGGUGAACAAAUCUUAUCCAUUGUUGUCGACACGUGUAGAAGAGUCUGGGGAGCAUGUUAUCCUUGGUACAGGAGAACUAUAUUUGGAUUGUGUAAUGCAUGAUUUGCGUAAAAUGUACUCAGAAAUCGACAUCAAGGUUGCAGAUCCGGUAGUGGCUUUCUGUGAAACUGUUGUCGAAACUUCAUCGUUGAAAUGUUUUGCUGAAACACCAAAUAAAAAGAAUAAAAUUACAAUGAUUUCUGAACCAUUAGAAAAGGGACUUGCAGAGGAUAUAGAAAAUGAAGUGGUUUCGAUCAAUUGGAACAAAAAACGUCUUGGCGAGUUCUUCCAAAUCAACUACGAUUGGGAUUUGUUGGCAGCUCGUUCUAUUUGGGCCUUUGGACCGGACACAACUGGGCCAAAUAUUCUCGUUGAUGAUACUCUUCCGUCGGAGGUGGACAAAAAUUUACUGACUUCAGUGAAAGAUUCUAUUGUUCAAGGUUUCCAAUGGGGAACGAGGGAAGGUCCCCUUUGUGAAGAACCCAUUCGGAAUGUUAAAUUCAAAAUUCUCGAUGCAGUCAUAGCAAAUGAAGCUUUGCAUCGUGGUGGAGGACAAGUCAUCCCAACAGCUCGUCGUGUCGCCUACUCCGCAUUCUUGAUGGCAACUCCAAGACUAAUGGAGCCGUAUUUAUUCGUUGAAGUACAAGCACCUGCAGAUUGUGUUUCGGCUGUCUACACUGUUUUGGCAAGAAGAAGAGGACAUGUAACACAAGAUGCACCUGUGUCUGGUUCGCCAAUUUACACCAUCAAAGCAUUUAUUCCCGCCAUUGAUUCGUUUGGUUUUGAAACUGAUUUGAGAACACAUACUCAAGGACAAGCCUUUUGUUUGUCAGUAUUUCAUCAUUGGCAAAUUGUACCAGGUGAUCCUUUGGAUAAAUCCAUCAUCAUUCGACCACUAGAACCUCAAGCUGCUUCACACUUAGCCAGAGAGUUUAUGAUUAAGACGAGAAGAAGGAAAGGUCUCUCCGAAGAUGUAUCGAUUAAUAAGUUCUUCGACGAUCCUAUGUUGUUGGAAUUGGCUCGACAAGAUGUCUUGUUGAAUUAUCCUUUAUAAAUAAAAUAAUUUUCU